AUGGCACGCUUGAGCUUCCUGCUCCUCGGAGCCCUCUCAGCCCUCAGCGGCUUCGCCACUGCAAGCAACUCCGCAGUGAAAGACCUGAUCCCCACCAACUUCGACGAAGUCGUCCUGGCCGGCAAGCCCGCACUGGUCGAAUUCUUCGCACCCUGGUGCGGCCACUGCAAGAACCUCGCCCCCAUUUACGAGGAGCUUGCGCAGGCCUUCGCCUUCGCCGAAGACAAGGUCACCAUCGCUAAGGUUGACGCCGACGAGAACCGCUCGCUGGGCAAGCGCUUCGGUAUCCAGGGCUUCCCUACUGUGAAGUGGUUCGACGGAAAGAGCGACCAGCCUGAGGAGUACAAUGGCGGUCGUGAUCUCGAGAGCCUGUCCGCCUUCAUCACCGAGAAGACCGGCAUCAAGCCUCGUAGCGCUAGCGCGCAGAAGGUGGUCAGCAACGUUGAGAUGCUGAACGAUGCUUCUUUCAAGACUGUCGUUGGUGGCGAUAAGGAUGUGCUGGUCGCUUUCACUGCCCCGUGGUGUGGACACUGUAAGACCCUCGCUCCUACCUGGGAAACCCUCGCCAAUGACUUCGCCCUCGAGUCCAACGUUGUAAUCGCCAAGGUUGACGCCGAAGCUGAGAACUCUCGUGCCCUGAGCAAGGAACAGGGUAUCACCGGAUUCCCUACCAUCAAGUUCUUCCCCAAGGGCUCGACCGAGGCCGAGGCGUACUCCGGCGCACGCUCUGAGGAAGCAUUUGUCAAGUUCAUCAACGAGAAGGCGGGUACCCACCGUGCUGUCGGUGGCGGUCUUGACAGCUUGGCCGGCACCAUCUCCGUUCUGGACGAGAUCGUUACCGAGAACGUCGCCGCGCAGAAGUUUGACAAGCUGGUGACUGAGAUUAAGAAGGCCGCCAACGACCUGCGCGACAAGUACGCCGAGUACUAUGUCAAGGCUGCGGAGAAGCUGAGCAAGAACGAGGGCUACGCCAUCAAGGAGCUCACUCGCCUCCGUAAGAUCCUGGCUAAGGGUGGCUCCGCUCCCGAGAAGUUGGAUGAUAUUCUUUCUCGUAGCAACAUUCUCCAACGCUUUGUUGGCCAGGAGAAGCGCGAUGAGCUUUAA